AUGACUGAACGGAAAAUGUGCAAGUUCUAUAAUUUAAACGUGCCUGAGCGACGUUCCGGAUCGGGUGAGGGCGGUGCGCAGAAUCAUGGAGGGAAUGAUGACGACGAACGUAACGCAGACGAAAUUGUGCAGCCGUACGUACCGCCGCACGAGCACAAAUUGGAGUAUAGCUACUGGAUGUGGUUUUCACGACGGCCGCCCGCUCGUGAGCUGUCCGCCACGACCACCGGCUACGGCCAGGCGUUACGUCUGGUUGGUCGCGUGGCGAGCGUGGAGCAAUGGUGGGGGCUUUACACCCAUCUGGCGCGGCCGGCGGAACUGCCGCCCCUCUCCGACCUGCACCUCUUCAAGCUGGGCAUCAAGCCAAUGUGGGAAGACCCGGCCAACGUUAAUGGCGGGAAAUGGGUGGUGCGGCUGCGUAAGGCGCAGACGGGCCGCGCUUGGGAGGACCUCUGCAUGGCCAUGUUGGGCGAGCAGUUCAUGGUGGGGCCGGAGCUCUGCGGGGUCGUCCUCUCCGUUCGCUUCCAGGAGGACCACCUGGCGGUGUGGCACCGGACCGCGUCGGACCUCGCCGCCGCCGCCAGGGUCAGGGACGCGCUGAGGAGGAUCCUGCAGCUGCCCGCGUCCGUGCCGAUAGAGUACAAGGCGCACGGCGACCGCCUGCGCGCCUCCAACCGCCAGAACGACGAGGAGGGCCGCUCG